AUGGCUACUCAAAUCGCAAAUCCGGUCGUCAACUGCUCCGACCCAUCAAGCUCGUCCGACAAUGAGAAGGGCGAUGACACCGACCACUCCCAGCUUGGCUGUCAAUCACCGACUGCGACACCGCCUCCAUUUGAGUUUGAUGAUCCCAAAGGAUGGAUCGCAGUGGUAGCAGCAGCUUGCUCUCUAUUCGUCUACCUAGGCGUUAUUUACUCCUGGGGAAUUAUGCAAGUUAGACUUGUCGAGGUGACUGGAACUAGUCUGACAACCCUGACGUUUGUCGGAUCGUUGGCAACAUCGUUCAUGAUCUCACUUAGCAUUCUCUCUGGCAUGGCAGUCCGUAAGCUUGGCUAUCAAAAGACAGCCUUUGCUGGUGGGUUGUUGAUGGGAUUGGGCGAGUUCCUUGCGAGUUGGACAACAAAGCAUGUUGGGGCCCUUUUCGUUUUUCAUGGCGUGAUGUUUGGGAUUGGCGGCGGUCUAUCCAUUUUUGCUUGCUCUACCGCCCCUUUGCGAUGGUUCAAGAGACACCGAGGCCUGGCCAUGGGUAUCGUGUUUGGAGGAGGAAGUCUUGGUGCCGCUAUCAUGAGCAUAGCAACCAACCUUCUUGUGAAGCAACUGGAUGUGGCAUGGACGUUCCGCAUUCUUGCCUUUAUGCUUUGGGGAGUUUGUAUACCAGCAUCCUAUUUCAUCCAACAACCUACGGGAUCCGUAAACGCGGGAUUAAAGUUACAAUGGUAUCGCGUCAAAGAACCUCGGUUCCUUCUCAUCAUUGGAGGAACAGCCAUGUCAUGUUUUCCACUAUUCAUCCCACCAUACUUCAUCCCGAUCUUUUCGAGGUCGAUGGGUUACUCUAACCAGAUUGCCAUUGUUAUACUUGCAGCCUGGAACCUCGCUUCGACUGUUGGCAGAGUUUUGGGUGGCUACACCGCUGACCAUCUUCUUGGACCACUCAAUAGUCUGAUCGUUUGCCUUCUCUUCAUUGGCCUUAGUUCAUUGGUUGUCUGGCCUCUUGCUUCUAGUGUUGGAAUUUUCUCAGUAUUUCUCAUCUUCAAUGGCAUUGGGUGUGGCGCCUUCUUUAGUCUUGUACCACCGAUGCUAGGUGCAACAAUGGGUCCUGAGAAUACACUUGGUAUCCUGCCCAUUGUUUGGACCACCUGGUUCUGUGGCUUCUUUUUCGGAACUCCGAUAGCCUCCGGUAUCUAUUCACUGGCGGGAAGCAGUGGUGAUGAGGAUGUUUCAACUUUUAGGCCGGCUGCCUACUAUGCUGGUUGCAUGUCACUAGCAGGGCUUAUUUUUAUCAUUAUCAUUCGUCUCAGUAUUUCGAAACGACUCCUUGUCUGUAUAUAG